UCUUUUCUUUCAUAUUGACAAUAAUGUGAUCUUUAAGUGUAGCGGUGAAUAUAUGUGACUCGUUCUAACUACAACAUCCCGAUCGACGACCAAGUAUAACCGUCGAUCAGAUGUAGCAUAGGGAAAGCAAUCAAUAAUAAUUUAUCGUACCUCGGGUAUUUAGGCUUACCUUACUUCGGUUUAAGGUUCGUUAUCUAGCCAACCUAGGAUAGUGAUUAAUAAAACUAAACUAACCAACCUAAACUAACCACUAACCUAGCUAUUUACAAUGUUUGGAGCUCUCUUGGGUUAAAUCGUCCUAGGUCUGUCCUUUGGAUCGAUGUUGGGUAUCCUCCUAGCUCGAUCGACUCAAAUACUCUACCGUUAGGAGAUGGACUACCUCGGGAAUGACCCUGAACGGCGAAUCGAUGAAUGGGGUGUGCUCUAUUCAACCAUGGCAACCCUAUAUCGUAGGAGAUUGAUGAAUCGACUCCCUCGGGGGUCACCGUACGAUAUAGGAUGAGGAAUGACCCAAAUACGCCAAUAAUGGGCUCUAAGGGGAUUUUCUCCUCCUAGGUCAAAAGCUCAAAACAUGAAAAAUGAAAACCCAACUCAUGCAGUUCAUGAAAACAUCCAUCAAUUAAAUAAAAUCAUCAAUCAAACAUGGAAUUUGUCACUUACAUCAACAACAAACCAAAACCUAGAACUAGGGUUCUUAAACCCAAGAGAAGAGGGUGAGUUUCUAGAGAGAGAAGAGAUAUAUUACAAAUUGGAGCCCAAGAUCUUCUUCUUAUUCUAGGCUUGAAUCCUUGUCUUCAAGAUCAACCCUAAAGAGAGGAUCUGGUGACAAGAGGGGGGGGGGGGGGGGGGGGGCUUAGUCACUUGGCUAAGCCCCUCCUAGCCAUUGGAUUCUUAUUUAUCAAUCUAACGGUGGAAAAUACGGCAAAAAUAUUUAAAUAAUGGCAGGGGCAAUUUUGGGAUUAUGAAAAUUGUAUUUAAGUUUAUUUAUUUUUUUGUCUCCAGUUGUACUCUUCUGCGUUGCCAACGCCGACCAUGGGAGAGAGAGAGAAAAGCAGCGGCGGGGAGAGAACGACGGCGACGGUGGAAGAGAGGGGGGUGACGGCGACGAUUGAGAGAGGAAGGAGACCUUUAUGGCGCUGACGACGAUGGAGAAAGGGAAAGGCGAUUGCAACGAAGGCGGCAUCGUUGGAGAGAGAGAAAGAAGAUCUGGCCGUCGUCAUCGAGAAAACAGAGGAGAGAGAGAUGAUGGUGGAGGAGGAGAGAGAGGGAGUGGGGGAGAGAGAGCGUCGAUGAAGGUGGAGGAGAGAGGAGGGGUAGAGUCGGCGGCGGCAGUGAAGAGAGAGUCGGCUCUCGACAUUAUAUUUUGUUGUCUGAGGGAAGAACAAUGAUUUGUAAUGCAAGUGUUGUUAGUUUGUAUUAUUAGUAUAUUUGUACAUAAUGUCAGUAUGAUUUGUAUAUUUUGUAUUAUUAAUUUGUACAUAAAAAAUAUUACAAGCAUGUUUGAUAAAAAUGACAAAUAUGUUGGACAAAAAUAACAAAGCUUACAAACAUUACAAAAGAACUUGACAAACAUUACAAAAUAACAAAGCUUACAAACAUUACAAAACUAAUCGACAAACAUUACAAAGCAUACUAACAGUAUAAAAUACCACUACUUACAAUACAAAUUGGUAAACUUGAAUUAUAAACCGAUGAAUACAAAGUAUACAAAUCAGAGCAUAAAAGUAUACAAAAUAGACAAACAAACAUUACAAAUUACAAUAUAUACAAAAUAGUCAUAUAAACAUUACAAACCUAAUAGAUAAAAAUUACAAACAAUACAAAUCGAAAUUGAUAUAAACAUUAGAAACCGGACUUAUAAACAUUACAAAGCAGGUUGACAACCAUCACAAAAUCUAACAUUGGCGUCGGAAAAUUCUCAUCCGCUGUCUCCAUUGCCGGAAUCUCUCUCUCUCUCUCUCUCUCUCUCUCUCUCGUGUGAAUGGCAAAAAAACUGGAGUUCCCAUAAAAGGAAUGCCAGAAAUCUCUGUGCAGAAAAAGAAGCCCGCCAGAGUUCGGAUCGUCUGGUCGGGGAUGGGAAACACGCGCAAGUUAAUUAUUUUAAAAUUAUUUAAUAAUAAAAAAAUAUAAAAACUAUGAAAUUACCACAUUACCCUUCAUUGAAUUGGAUUAAUUUUAACCAUUAGAUUUAAAUGAAGCUCAAAGUCUGAGAUUGGCUUAGUCAUGUGAUUAAGGGGACCCCCUAGUCACCUGAUCUUAGCCCAUCAACCCAAGCCUCCAUUUAAGCUCAAAGAUCACUCAAGCACUCACUCUCUCACUAGAAUUCCCCUCUGGUGUUUUGGGUCGAAACCCUAGAGAGAGAGAAUCGAAAUAUACGAGCUCAAAAUAGUGGCUAUUAGAACGACAAGUUAGAAUAAACCUACAUGCCAUUAAGUUUAUCCGAGCUUAAGUGGAAAGGAAAGAAUAGGGUGAGGGAAAAGGGUUUUCAAAUUCAAUUGAAGGCUUCACUCGCUCGCAUCACUAGCGACUGUGAACUGGUUGGACUCCAGUUAGACGGCAAACUGCUCUGGAACUUGGCCAUUUAAAGGUCUGGGGGUGAUUAUCACGGUCUUAGAACCCAUGAUAUAUGAGUCCAGACCGUGAAGUCAUGCACUUCACUCUAUAGGGGUGAUUUUCACGGUCUAAGGGUAUGACAUUUGCCUCCAGCCCCUGAAUAGUGUUCAGCCUCCAUUUUUUUUGGCUUGUUUAGACCUCCGAAUGACCCAAAACUCAUCCUCGACCUUCCCACACGUGCUAGGACCUGAAAUGUAAGAAAAGAAGCACAACCUAGCGUAAAAAAGGUCGAGGGACGAUGAAAUACCAAGACAAACAGACAAGAAAUGAGGGGUAAAAUG